UGGGAUCAAGGUGACUGAGUGGAAUUCACUCUCACCUGCAGCUCAUUCUUAUUCCACUCACACUCGCCCCGGGGACGUUCUGCUCCACUUGCCAAGGACUUUAUAAUAAAUACCUGCAACUGUCAGACUGUCAGACUGUGGGACUGGGGCAGCCGCUGACAAGUAUUGGGGUGUCUGUGCCUCUUGGCUGCUCUUGUGCCCCAUUCACGGAUCUUGGGAUGAAUUGAAGGUCACACGAUCCUCUGAAACAGCAGAACCUUCACUAACCUGAUACAGGAAUUAUAGGGGACGGAUGUGACCGCGUUCCCUUUCUCACCCCGUGUGACAUCACUGCACAUCUCAUCACUGAUUGGAUCGACUCAUCAUGAGCCGUGUGCUGGUUAUUGAGCAGAGGGAAGGAGAGGAGAAAACCCUCAUACAGAAACAUAUUUUCCGCCCCUUCCCGAAUACACGGAGGGUUGUUAUAGAUCACCUGCAGCACUUGAAGAACUUCCUUUUCCGAAUCGGCGAUGACUGGUACUUCCUGUUUGCACUUGGCGUUAUCAUGGCGCUCAUCAGCUUCACCAUGGACUUUACCGUCUCCAAAAUGCUUAAUGCGCACAGGUGGCUCCAGCAGGAGCUCGGGGGGAACGUGCUGCUCCGGUACCUCUCCUGGAUUGUCUACCCAAUAGCACUCGUUGCCUUCUCUACUGGCUUUGCCCAGAGCAUCACUCCACAUUCCGGAGGUUCUGGAAUCCCUGAACUAAAGACCAUUCUAUCUGGAGUGAUUCUAGAGGAAUAUCUCACCAUCAAGAACUUUGGGGCCAAGGUUGUGGGCCUGACCUGCACUUUAUCAGCCGGCAGCACCAUGUUCCUGGGCAAAGUGGGCCCCUUUGUGCACCUCUCCAGCAUGAUUGCAGCCUACCUGGGCAGAAUGAGAACUUCUGUCGCUGGGGAUUAUGAGAAUAAGAGCAAAGAGCAUGAGAUGCUGGUGGCCGCUGCUGCAGUGGGAGUAUCCACAGUCUUUGGGGCACCAAUAAGUGGAGUCCUGUUCAGCGUGGAAGUCAUGUCUUCGCACUUCGCUAUCCGGAAUUACUGGCGCGGGUUCUUUGCAGCGACCUGUGGGGCGUUUGUGUUUCGCCUUUUAGCCGUAUUCAACAGUGAGCAGGAAACAAUCACAGCCGUCUUCAAAACCAGUUUCAAGAUCAGCUUCCCCUUUGACCUCCCAGAGAUGUUCUUCUUUGCCAUAUUGGGGGUGGUGUGCGGGCUGAUUGGCUGUGCCUAUCUCUUCUGUCAGCGCUGGCUCCUCGGAUACGUCAGGAGAAAUUCCCUCACUUCCAAGUUACUGGCCUCUGAUAAACCCAUGUACUCAGCGCUGGUGGCUCUCCUAAUAUCCUCCAUCACUUUCCCUGAGAGUCUGGGGCAGUUUCUGGCAUCGAGGCUGACGAUGAAGGAGCUUCUCACCUCCCUGUUUGACAACCGGACGUGGUGGACCCUUUCCCAGAAUUCCUCACUGGACAGGUCCCCUCUGGUGGAUCCCAAUAAUUUGUGGCUGGAGUGGGCGAACCCUCAGUUCACAAUAUUUGGAACCCUGGCCUUCUUCAUCAUCAUGAAGUUCUGGAUGUUCAUUUUGGCCACAACUCUGCCAAUGCCAGCGGGGUAUUUCAUGCCGGUGUUUGUGUUUGGUGCUGCCAUUGGACGCUUGGUCGGCGAGACUGUGGCCCUCCUCUAUCCUGAAGGAAUUGCUGCGGAUGGCAUUGUUAACCCUAUCAUUCCAGGAGGCUAUGCCUGGCAGGGGGCUGCCGCUUACUCUGGGGCAGUGACACACUCUGUCUCAACCGCACUGCUCGCAUUCGAAGCUACGGGACAGAUCGCACACAUCCUGCCGGUCAUUCUAUGCGUAUUAAUCGCCAACGCUUUUACCCAGAAGUUGCAGCCGUCAUUCUACGAUGGCACCAUAAUCGUGAAGAAACUUCCGUAUCUCCCUCGCAUUCGGAGCCGCGACAUCGAUUCCUAUAAGGUGAACACAGAGGAGUUUAUGAACCCGGACAUCAGAGUUCUGCCCCGAGAAGCCGGAUUUGAAGAUGUUCUGAAAGUCAUCACUGCGUCCGACGACUCUGAGUACCCAGUGGUGGAUAAUACAGAGUCGCAGGUUCUGGUGGGCACAGUCAAGAGACCACAACUCAUCCACUUCCUGGAGACCCACGAGUCACAUGAGCGAGCGGGUCCCACAGAGAAAGAGAAUCUUUCUGAAGGCAAUCUUGGUGAGGCGUGCAGCAUAGAGCCAGUCACCUUCCAGCUCUCCACAUGGACCUCCCUGCACCAGGCCCAUCAUCUCUUUGAGCUCCUGCAUCUCCAGAAAGCGUUUGUGACUAAAUAUGGCCGGAUUGUGGGGCAGGUCACCAGGAAAGAGAUGAAGAAAGCGAUUGAGGACCUUGCGAACCCUAAGUGAUCAAUCUGGUUGCCAGGGGCCACUCAGGUACCCUUUAAAAAAACUGAAGAAGGACCGGCAUGGGGGUAAAAGAAAUUCAUUAAGGUUUCUAACCUGAGCCUCCUUCGACCUACAACUUCGCCUUGAAUUAAACACAUAUAUGUCACAGA